CUCAUCAUAUCCCUCUGAAGAUUAUGGCAAUUACCAACAGGAACCUGACGUGGGAUGACAUCUCUCUUACCUCCAAGCUGCUUGGAGCAGGUCACUUUGGUGAGGUCCGCAAGGGAACAGUCAUAGUCGAUGGGGAGAGGAUUCCAUCUGCCAUCAAAAUACUGAAACAUGGUGCAGAUGAUGCUAGUACGCAGGACUUCCAGCAGGAGGUGGACAUCAUGCGCCAUGUCGGGUAUCAUCCCAACAUCAUCAACCUGCUCGGGGUCUGCAUUUACCAGGGUCAACAGUACAUGGCUCUUGAAAUGGCCGCCAAUGGUGAUCUGUUGAACGUUUUGAGGAAUUCCCGGGUGCAGAAAGGGAGGGAACAAGCUUACCCCGGAAACCGGUCGGAUUCCGGCGCCCUGACCGUGUCCACCCUGUCACCUGUCCAGCUCCUGCGGAUUGCCUGCGACGUGGCAACUGGUAUGGCCCAUCUGUCUAGCAAGGAGGUUAUCCACCGUGACCUGGCGGCCAGAAAUGUCCUCCUCACAGACAGUCUCAUCGCCAAGGUUGCUGACUUCGGACUGUCGCGUGGGGAUGGCAUCUAUGAACAAACGUCAAAGAGAGCCAUCCCUUUCCGCUCUACUGCGAUAGAGGCACUGACUUUGAGGAUCUACACAACACAGAGCGACGUGUGGUCUUUCGGGAUUCUGCUUUGGGAGAUCGUCACUCUUGGAGGAACACCGUACAGCGGAAUGAAGUCAAGACUGCUCCUAAGGCGGCUGCGUGAAGGAUACAGGCUGCCCAAACCGAGAAACUGUGAGGCAGACCUGUACCAGGUGAUGCUGCUGUGCUGGAGGACCUGUCCAGAGGACCGCCCGACAUUCACCGAUCUGGUCAAACAACUAGACAGUAUGAUUGACGAUAAGCAUAGCUACGUGGACAUUGACAAGGAUGAUGAUUUCGAGUAUGAGGUGGUAGACUCUGAUGACAGUGACAAUGAUGGCAUAAAUGAUGCAUUUAUGGUGUAGGAAGACCAGAUGGACAUUAGAUGGCAUGUUUGCUGUUUUUAUUUUGACCGAGUUGCUCUAAUAUACAUUGGGGAGGGGCUUAUGGUGUUCAAAUAGAAAUUGCAUUGUUUUCGGAAGACAGGAACGUCUUUUAAUUUAGUGCAUUUUGUAGAUAUAUAAGUAGAAGAACGUUGGGCGGUCCGAAAAUGAUGUUUCAAUUCACAUGGCGUGUGUAUACGAAAUUAAACAGAUCACAUAUUACAUUUUG